CAUUGAGAGACCAUGCCGGAUAAUUUGUUUCGGUGAGUUUUUCUGGGAUUAAGUUGUGGAGACUCCGAAGCAAAAGUUUUACUCCGGAGGGUAAGGACGCCAAAGGAUCCGACGGGGCUGCCAUGGUGGGCGGCGGUCGGAAAAAAAGAGAGGCUAGCUUCUAAGCAUGUUACUACGAAUCUGUUCUUUAACGAGAUUGUGAAGAUACAUGCAAAAAUUUCAAAGAUGUGCUCUUGUGGAGAAAAAAAUGUUGGAGUAUGGGAAUAAGUAUUCUGGAUUGUAUCGGACUGAAACCCAAAAUUUAGAAAUUCGUGGACUUCACAUCGGUGGGCCUAUACUUUUACUUCUCCGGGGAGAAUGUGAUAUCAAUCAGAUAUCGGGAGUAGAGAGCCGAACCCAGAAGCCCGACGGAAUGGGAGACGCAGGCGCUGCCUCUGCAGCAACUCCCCGGCCAACCACCACCGCCGAUGAAGAUGCGCUUCUCAAGCAAUUCUUCGCCGAAGUUAGUGAAGUUGAGCGCGAAAAUGAAGUCAGCAGGAUACUUUCAUGCUUCAAAUUGAAUCCAUUUGAAUAUCUUAACCUACCAUUCGAUUCCUCCAUUGAUGAUGUAAAACGACAAUAUCGCAAGUUAUCUUUGCUUGUUCACCCGGAUAAAUGCAAGCAUCCUCAAGCAAAGGAAGCUUUUGGAGCUUUAGCAAAAGCCCAACAAUUAUUACUUGAUCCACCAGAAAGGGAUUAUAUUUUGAACCAGGUUCAUGCUGCAAAAGAGGAACUAAAAUUAAAGUGGAAGAAGCAGGUCAAGAAAGAUACUGCUGCUAAGUUGAAGUCAUUAGUUUCUGAGGGAAAAUUUGAACAAGAAUAUGAACGAUCAGAAGAAUUCCAGCAGCAGCUAAAACUAAAGGUUCGAGAAAUAUUAACCGACCAAGAAUGGCGGAGAAGGAAAAUGCAGAUGAGGAUAUCUGAGGAGGAAGGUCGUUUAAAGAAGGACGAGGAAGAACAGAAGGAGAUGUGGAAAAGGAAGCGCGAGCACGAGGAGCAGUGGGAAGGGACAAGAGAGAAUAGGGUAUCAAGUUGGAGAGACUUUAUGAAAGGUGGGAAGAAGGUGAAGAAAGGGGAGAUCCGGCCUCCAAAACUCAAAACCGAAGAUCCAAACAAGUCUUAUGUUCAACGACCAGUGAAGCGAGGUUAGAGUUUUCCUGCAGCACUUGCCAAGUCAAAUUCAAUGAAAAAAAGAAACGUAAUUCCAUGUAUUUUUUUCGCCGUUAAUUGUUAUUACAACAUAACAUAAAGGAUUGAGAUGUUUUCUGUCAGCACAAUGUAAGAAAUCCGUUUACCAUUGUAAUCUUAGUCUAAAAUGCAGUAUCUGGUGGUUGGCAUCAAGCUCUUAUCAUGAAACUCCAAUGCUUCUUUAGGUCAUUAGGGCGUGUUUGCUAUGUAUUUCAGUGGUAAUGGAGGAAUGGUUCUUGAAUAACUUUCACAAAGUAUU